AGGAAAAAUAUCCCAACGCAUUUGCUGGAAUUGGGGGACAAUCCAUUGCAGUACAAUCCGAAGGAUAUUCAUAUUUUCUUUGUGCAAUAUCAAUCCCCCGCUCCAAUCAUCACACAAAUACCAACACCACAUCGAUCGGAACAUUCGCCGGGCAUGGAUUCCGAUUUGGCUCGUCCGGACACGCGUCUGUUUUUUGCGAAAUUCUUUGAUCCAAAAUCAUGGUCAAUGACUUUUUGUGGUCACGUUGAGCUGAGAGGAGACGAGCCACUAUGUGCUUUAGAGCCUGUGUUACGCGAACGCGCUGGUCUGCCCAAUAGCUGUGAUCUCUUGUUCUUUCAAGAUGAUGCUAAAACCGGCAUCUCAGAAAUUUCUCAACCCAAAUUGGCAGUUUCAAAACUAUUCAAGCGAGAGCAUCAGGGUCAUCUUAUUUACUUUCAGGUACCGUCGUCGUGCAACUCCAUUUCUCUGAUAUCUACGGAAAUAGGAACUGAAGCGUUAUCCAGCAUCGUUGAUGAGGAGCAUGCUGCCAUUGUGGUCAGUGUUUCUCCUCAAAAUUCUGAUUCGGACUCAGUCAACGGACUUCCAUCAGGUGUGGUCCCUGCAGCAGAAGAUGUACGUCCCCGUGCAACCCACACAUGCCCGUCGAGAUAUGUGAACACGACCCCAGAUGCUCUGUUGCUUCAUCGAAUGGCUACGAUUCCCAAUUCUGUCAACAUCAAAUCGACUCAUUUGGGUAUUAGCCCUACACGUACCCCGCAAAGACUAUCACCAGCAUCCCAUUAUCAAUUGAACCCAAUAAAUUCUGAUACAAUGUCUAUUUUCAACUAUUUUUCCAAUUACCUACAACAAACGGAAAUACUUCUUGUGGACAAAAUGCGUCCUUCCGAUCCCGGAAUUUUGUUGAGGAUUGCAGCAGACUUGACCUACUGGGAGUUUGCGACGGUAGCUGCGCUUCAUUUAUCUACCUCUAGGGAAAAUCUGCAGUUCUUCAGAUCCCAACAAGCCAUUAGUGGAGUGCCUGGUUCUGUUACUGCACCUAUAUCGGUGUCUCCUCUUGGCACAGCCGCAUCAGGGAUAGUCGGCUCUGAUAUGACGGCUUCACCGGUUUCAUCUGAUUUGGGUGCUGGAGCCAAUAGCGGCGGUUCCGCGGAUAACGGUGCAGGUCCCACCGCUCAAAACUUUUUGCUUGACCCUUCACUUACACCGCAAGCAGUUGCCGCAAAAGCCGCAGGUUUCGGUCACUGCUCCGCCUACUUGAACAGUCUGUUGGCAGCAGCUGCAUCUCAGGGCCUUGCACACGAGCCUCCAGGCGCUGCUAUCCCAUCCACACACAACGGCUCCAUGAGAGAUUUCUUCCUACCGUUUACUGUAAGCCCGACAAACAGUUCAUGGGCUUCUGAUCCUGGGGCCUUGGGUGGUAACUUGAUAACUGGUGCAGGCAAUCUCGGCACAGCGGCACCUGGUCCAAAUUCACAAAACCCGGAUCGCUUUCCAGCGCCAAUCAAUCGCUACUGUGGCAUUAAAUCGGUAAACCGAUCGCCUGUUGGGGCAGUUACUUUACCGCCACCCAGGCGAGUGUACUACGCACAUCUUGCUAUCAGAAUUGACGAGUUAGAAACCAUGAGACAAGUUCGUGCUGUGUUCAUCAGCCCUAAAUUAGCACCCAAAGCAGAGCUUCUCCUUUCUGUCCCUCAAAAUGGACUUGUUAGCGAUCUUCUUAAAGAAGCCAGUCGCCACCUGAUUCUCCCUGCCGAUGGGUCCGGUUUGUUGCGUCUUCUGGAAACUUCAGCCAAUCGUAUCUUGCAAGAAUAUCCACCAGAAACCAAACUUUCCUCCAUACCUCAAUCAACAGCAUUUCCACAAAGUUGUGCCCCUAAUCCUCUCGCUCGCACUUUACGGAUUGAAGAAAUUCCAGUAGAUGAAGUUAAUCUCAGAUCGGAUGAAACAAUUGUAUAUGUUUCCCAUUUCGAGAAAGAUUUAGUAGAUACUUUCGGCAUUCCUUUCACUGUACGAAUUCGCGAUGGUGAGCAUUACAGCGAGGUGCGUGAGAGAAUCAGAAAAAAAUUGGAGGUUCCGGAAAAGGAAUUCGAAAGGUGGCGCUUUGCUUUGGUCCACCCAACAAAGGCCACCUACAUUCCCAAUGAUGAGGACCCGAUCGUUUAUACAAAUGUGUUCACACAGGCCUACUCUCCUGAAACAAAGCCUUGGCUUGGAAUUGAACAUAAACCCUCAAAGCGUCCGCGAUAUGCCCCAAACGAAAAGCCUAUUAAAAUACACAAUUGA